GGCUGUUUAAAGGCGCCGCACGCCGGCGCCCGGUGCGUUCUGCCGUGCGUGCGGACGGGCAAGGGCGAGGCGCAGCGAGUGACACCGGUAGCCAUCGCCUGUGCCAGAUCUACCACAAUGCCUGGGUCUCUUCCAGUGAACGUUGAAUACCGUUGGCCCAAAGAUGUGGGAAUUGUUGCACUGGAGAUAUAUUUCCCCUCUCAGUACGUUGACCAGACAGAGCUUGAGAAGUACGAUGGUGUGGAUGCUGGGAAGUACACCAUUGGGCUAGGCCAGUCAAGAAUGGGGUUCUGCUCUGACCGGGAGGAUAUCAAUUCUCUCUGCCUGACUGUGGUUCAGAAGCUGAUGGAGAGGAACAGCCUUUCCUAUGAUUGUAUCGGGAGACUGGAGGUUGGAACGGAGACAAUAAUUGAUAAAUCAAAAUCUGUAAAGACUGUUCUGAUGCAGCUCUUCGAAGAAUCUGGUAAUACAGAUGUAGAAGGCAUUGACACCACCAAUGCGUGCUAUGGAGGCACCGCUGCUCUUUUUAAUGCCAUUAACUGGAUCGAGUCCAGUUCUUGGGAUGGACGCUACGCACUUGUUGUUGCUGGAGACAUAGCUGUGUAUGCCACUGGAAAUGCCAGGCCAACAGGUGGAGCUGGUGCUGUUGCUAUGCUGGUUGGUCCAAAUGCUCCAUUGAUUUUUGAGAGAGGGUUGCGUGGAACCCACAUGCAGCAUGCGUAUGACUUCUAUAAGCCAGAUAUGGUCUCUGAAUAUCCUGUAGUUGAUGGCAAACUCUCUAUACAGUGCUACCUCAGUGCAUUAGAUCGCUGCUAUACUGUUUAUCGCAACAAAAUCCAGGCCCAGUGGCAAAAAGAGGGGAUAGACAGACAUUUCACCUUGAAUGACUUUGGAUUCAUGAUCUUUCAUUCUCCCUACUGUAAACUGGUGCAGAAAUCUGUGGCUAGACUCUUGCUGAAUGACUUUCUCAGUGACCAGAACCCGGAAACGGCAGAUGGUGUUUUCAGUGGUCUGGAGGCUUUCAGGGAUGUAAAACUUGAAGAUACAUAUUUUGACAGAGAUGUGGAAAAAGCUUUCAUGAAAGCCAGUGCAGAGCUCUUCAAUCAGAAAACCAAAGCUUCGUUACUUGUGUCCAAUCAGAAUGGAAAUAUGUACACCCCUUCAGUCUAUGGUUGCCUUGCCUCUCUUUUAGCCCAGUACUCCCCAGAGCAGCUCGCGGGACAGAGAAUCAGUGUGUUCUCGUAUGGCUCUGGUUUUGCUGCUACACUGUAUUCCAUCAGAGUUACGCAGGAUGCCACUCCUGGUUCUGCACUCGACAAAAUAACUGCCAGUCUGUCUGAUCUCAAAACAAGACUUGACUCAAGAAAAUGCAUUGCACCGGAUGUCUUUGCUGAAAAUAUGAAGAUUAGACAGGAAACUCAUCAUUUGGCCAACUAUAUUCCGCAGUGCUCAGUAGAAGAUCUCUUCGAGGGAACUUGGUACCUUGUGCGUGUGGAUGAAAAGCACAGGAGAACAUACGCGCGGCGCCCGCUCAUGGGUGAUGGACCGCUGGAGGCAGGCGUUGAAGUUGUCCACCCAGGCAUUGUUCAUGAGCACAUCCCAAGCCCUGCUAAGAAAGUGCCAAGAAUCCCUGCAACAACAGAAUCUGAAGGCGUUACUGUUGCCAUUUCCAAUGGGGAGCAUUAAGAUACCUCUGUGAGGAAGAAAAGAGGAAACUGUCCCUGUGAAAACCCGAAGUUGUGGGUUCACCAACUGAGUGGACCUUCUGGAUCUUUCUUCUUAGUAUCAUUCCAUUACAAAAGUGGAAAGGCUUAGGCUGGUGGGAAAACAUUAUUGUAGGGCUGUGUUUCAAGAUAACUUAAUGCUUUCAGAUGGAAACUGUUUAUAGUAGAGAAACUCAUUCCCAGCUUAUGAAGUACAAUUCAUCUUUAUUACUGUCUUGUGAAAGAUGGUAUUGUUUUCCCCCCCUCAGAAAAAUCUGUGAAGUGGGAUUGAUUCUUGCUUUGUACUUACCUGAGCCUCACUGAAUCCCUGUUUCCCAGGUGUGGAUUUUCAGAGUUACUCUGUGGCUCAUUUACAUUAAUUAACCCUUUUAAAGUCAACUCACCAUCUCAUCAGUCCCCCAUAAUAGAUGAGGCAUCCUGCCCUUAAAUUUGAAAGCGCCAGCUGUACCUCUCUAACCCUUGAAUUAGCUUACUUGCCUUAACCAAAAUAGGAUGGGCUUUAUGUCUUAGCUUGGGCGGUGUCACCUGUGCCUGUUCAGAGAAGGACAGCUACUGCACUCUUUCAGUGUUUGCAUUGGAGCUCAUGGUGUUGAAGAUGAAAAUAUAAAAUAAACAAUUAAAGCUGAAAAUCAGAGUAUCUACAUCUUGGUGAUGCUCAGAACAACUGGAAUUGUCAGGCCAUCCAACUUUUAACUUGUGGUGGUCAGAAUUGGCUUUUGCUGCCAAAGUAGUAUGGCAGGAGUUGGUACAAGCCUGUAAUGCUCAAUCUUUAAGUAGAUUUUGCUAUUGAUUGCAUUCAUCUUACUGAUACUCAGAGCUAAAGCAAGAAUUUAAAACUUGCAGGAGUUUUGGAGUACACUUAAAUCUUUCUUUAUUGGAGUGCAGCUGGAGUCCAAGCAGUUCUGGACUGUUGGAAUCAUCCAAGUAAUGGAAGGUGGUAGCCCAGUAUAUGGUAACCCAACCAGUUCUGCAAUAGGAAUUGUGACAACACAUGCAGGGUUCAAGCAGCAUAUCCUGAUUUGCCUUUUGUAAUUGUGACAAAUUGGGAAUGGUGUCAACAACAGCACUGCUGGUUUUUUAAAUACAGUUUUAAAGCCCACAGAGCUCUGUUAUACACUUAUCCAUGUUUAAUUUGCUGAGAAGUUUUAAAGAAGAAUUUACAGUUGUUUAGAUUACAGUCUGGUUUCUACUUUAGUUUUCUGCAAAAGCUGUCCUGGUUUGCAGUGGUAAAGUUGUGUCAAGCUGAGGCACAACUUUUCAAGAUGUUAGCUGUAACAUGCCUGUAGUAUGUUAAAUGCAGUGCUGUUUGAUCUUUACUAAAAGGUCACCUCUACCAAUGAUCCCUUACCUGUUUUACUUGCUGGGGUUCUUGUACUGGCUACACCAAGUCUCUGGAGCAAGGGGCAAAUAAAUGAGUGAGAGCUCUGUAUCUGAGCGCUUCACUGUGAGUGGAGAAAUGCAGAGGAGAGGAGGCAUUUUUGGUUUAUUCAAAAAUUACAAAAAAAAUGUAAUGCCAGAACUUAUGAAUAAAACCCUUUGUUAAAUACGCUGAUUAUAAAGCCUGCAGUGCAGUUUAUAAAAUAGAACACAGCUUGGAUGUGUUCUUUGUCCUGCUGUAAGAAUGGGUUCCUCCCUUCAGGUCUUGUUGUUUGGGAUCUGGAUGGGACAUGAUAGGAACACAUUCGAGUGCUCUUUUCUUCUGAACUUUGUGCAGAACGAUUCUGUAGACCCCUGUUACUGAGCUGCGCGCGUCUUUUCCCUGGUUGUUUUGAAUGUGCUCUUCUGUGAUUCCCAGAUCUUCCAGAGUAUUUUUCACUUCAAUGUCUUCCUCUUUGAGCAUACUGAUGUCUGAUAAGUACCUUGGAUCCAGUUUAAAGGGCUGUAAAGGUUUGGGGUACUGUAUCCCUUGCAUCCAUUCACUGUUCAUGAUAAGUUUGACAGAGUAUCGUUUGGUUGGUACUGGCUGAAGGACUCCUUUUAUCAGUUUCUGGCAAGUUUCUGAGAGGCAGGAAGGCAAACUGUAUGUCCCUUCAAGAAUGCACUUUUUCAGUUUGGCCACUGUAUCUGCCCGAAAUGGCAUGAUACCCGUUGUCAUGAAGUAUAACAGGAUUCCCAGUGCCCAGAUGUCUACAUAAACGCCAACAUAAUUUUCAUCUCGGAAGAGUUCGGGGGCAGCAUAAGGAGGAGAGCCACAGAAAGUAUUUAAAGUUUCAUCUCUUUUACUUACUGUGCUGAAUCCGAAGUCUCCCACCUUAACGCAGGUGUUACUGGUGUAGAAGACAUUUUCUGCUUUCAGGUCCCGGUGAAUGAUAUUAUUUUCGUGCUGUAGAACAAGAGGACAAUUUGGUAUUAGCUUGUUCACAGGAAAGUUCUCAAUGAAAUAAUUGAAAAGUUUAAGCAUUUAAAGAAAUUGAACUUAAUUCUCUACUGAUACAAAAACAAUAGGGUAGGUAGAAAAGACGGGAAGAAGGAUGCUGGGGUUUUUAAUGAUAGCAGUCUCAACUUGUUAACUAGUAUCAAGCAUUUUCAUGAAGCAGAUCUGUGAUGGCAUCAUGGCUAAUCCAACAAGACUAGGUCUCUUCAUGUGCAAAAUCUGUAUUUUUUUCAGGGUUCAGAACCAUUGCUUUAGGAAUUACUACAUUUCUGUAAUGAUGCAACUAACAAAAAUAACUGCAAUUUUGUAUAUAUUGUAAGCUUCUGGACUCACAAAGUGAAAGUGUUCAGUUCACCAAGUGAAUGUAAUCACAGAUAAGAAAGUCGCUACAGUUCAGUUGCGUGAUCUAAUGUUCUGUGAGCAGCUGGUGGUGGCAGGAGGAAAGGACCACGCACUUGUGCCUGGUGGUGUUUCUUGUUGCAGGACACCAAGUUCAGUGGUGUCUUCUAGUUUUAGAAUCUAAAAUAAGUACAUACACUGUAACUUGUACCUUUUUUCCCCUUGGAAAUGCCAGUAAAAGCCAAGGACUCCAA